AUGGACGCUUUGUCGUCGGACAUACAGGAGGAGGUACCCUGGUGUAUGCUUUUCGCCGAUGACAUUGUGCUUGUUGGUGAAGACGGGCUCGAGGUACAGAGCAGACUCGAGAAGUGGCGGCAAAAGCUAGAGAAUGUUGGCCUGAAGAUCAGUAGAUCAAAAACAGAACAUAUGUUCUGUGAUUUCGGCGGUCUCUCUGGUUUUGCUGCCAUAGAACUCGAUGGCAUUUUAUUGCCGGUCUGCUCCGACUUUAAGUAUCUUGGUUCGCUCGUACAGUGCGAUGGCGAUAUCGACCGCGACGUGAAAAACCUUCGCGUGGUCAUUGCCGCGGAUCUAGCGUGCGCGGGCGCGGCGCACAUCUCCGGCGCGCGAGUGAAAGUUGCGCAGCACCCGCCGCCGCCCGCGCGUCCCGCGGUAUAUGUGUCACUGGUAGACGUAGACCUUAGCGCUUGCCAAUGUUAA